CGGGGAGCGGGGGCAGCACGUUGGGAUGCGCGCUACUUAAGGUCCAGCUGCGUGAGCCAUUGACGUGUUUGGAGCUGGAGACGGCCUGGGCGCUGGCGAAGCGGCGGCCCGAGUCAGAAACCCGUGAGGAUGCCUAUGGCAGCACGGCGGCUGAGAGAUCCAGACAUAAACCCUUGCUUGUCGGAAUCUGAUGCUUCUACCAGAUGUAUGGAUGAAAAUAACUAUGACAGGGAAAAGUGUUCCACUUACUUCCUGAAGUACAAAAACUGCCGGAAAUUCUGGAAUUCUGUCAUGAUCCAGAGAAGACAGAACGGAGUGCAGCCGUCUAUGCCUACAGCAGCAGAAAGAGACGAGAUCUUGGGGGCGAUGGGAAAGAUGCCCUACUGACUGUUUGCAUUAAAAUUGUUUAUUUAACUUAGAAGCAGAUGAAUAUUUUUAAUAAACGGUGACUGUGACCUUUGAACACCUUUCGGGCCUUACGCACACAGAUCUCCAACUCUACGAGGGCAGACAAAGUUAAGUUAGCCCCGUGUCCUCUGUGUUUGUGCUCAGUGCCAUGAUGGUGGUCCGCCGUGGCUGGCUGUGCCGUGCCGCGGAGUUCGCGUUACUUCCUGAAGGUAAGGGAGCAUUAGGAAAGGUGACAUGAGUAGUCCCGCUUUUCUGCGGGUAACCGGCACAGAGGACAAGGAAAGACUUCGCGGCAGCGCAAGGAAGGUGGUGUUUCCAAGGAUGGGAAAUGACGUGCACGGCAACGCGAUGGGAGGAAAGCUCGAGCUGGGUCUGGAGAGUGGUCUGUAGACUGUACCACCAAGAGUACGAGGUGGCGGUGGAGAGGCGGACAGAAGCCUGGGAAGGAUUCCGUGACUGAAAUCCACACAUAUUGGAUAACCUUCUGAAGGGAUAGUAUUCUUGAAGCGCAGUCAUGGGAAAAAGAUGAUUCUCUCCGAAGUGGGACUUCUCUUUGCAGGAAGAGACGGGUAGGAAGGAUACAGGGGUUCAUAGGUGAACGCACUGGGAUGAGACUAGAGCCCCACUGCGUUUUCUGCCGUAAACACAACAGCAUUCAGUAUGGUGAUGGGGGCAAGUCGUGUGGCAACUCUCAUACCCACCAGCUAUUUAAAUCCAGUUUGUCUCAUUUACAGAACAGUUUUAUAACAUAUAUUAUUUAAUAAUAUCUAAUGUAUACAAAAAAAUCAAUGAAAACAGCUUGUGUCCCUUCUCUUUAUCUGGCGCUGGGUCAAGAGUAUUAUUUUAAAGGCUGCUGACCAUAAACUAUCCGUCUCGUUGGUCUUUGUCCAAAACCCAGGUCAGAUGUUUUUAGGCCAUCUGACCCUGAUUGUUAAAUGUGAUUCUGUUUGAAUAAAAGAUGGACUGUUUGAGAAA